CAUAUCUCUGUAAAAAGACACGUCUCAUCUUACCUUGUCAAAUUCAACAGGAAACCCCAGCGACCAAAGUAUUUCAGGCUUUAUUUUUAAAGUCAAGUGAGACCACUUCAAAUCAAACAGUUGCACGCUUCCAAGAAACAGCUAAGAGAAGGCAGAGAGGAGCAGAAACCCUUUGGCUGACACACGGUUGCCAUGGAUCUGCAUAACCAGUGGGAGAGCACAAAGGCCGACUGGCACAAGGAAAAGAUGGAGCUACUGGACCAGUUUGACAAUGAGAGGAAAGAAUGGGAAAGUCAGUGGAAGAUCAUGCAGAAGAAGAUUGAAGAGCUUUGCCAGGAAGUAAAGCUGCGGAGGAAAAUGAACAUGGGUGAACAUUCAAAGGUCAUUGGCCUUGAUCAUGUUCAAGAAAAAAUGGAAUUUCCUCCAAAUGCCCUCAAUUCAGGACAAUGCAAAUCUGGAGUGACAAAUCACCGAGAUGCUCUGGAAAAGGAAAACAGGGCAGAAAGGGACUUCCUCAGGGAAGAAACUCAAGUGUCUCAAGAGCAAAAUUCAUGCACAGACACCAAAGUAGGGCUUCUGAAUCCUUUGGCCGCAGAAGAGAAGGCGUGUGAGGUCUGGGCUGGAAGGAGGACUUCUAAGGAGAGUAGAGACUAUUCUAUUGCCCUCAGCACAGCUCUUGCAGAACUAGCGAAAGUUAGUGAAGAGCUAUGCACCUUUCAAGAGGGAAUCCGAAGGCGUUCUAACCACAGAAGGAUGAAAUCAGAUCCUGUCCUUCAGGAAAUGCCAAAUGCAAUCAGUGUGCCUCAUGGGGACCACUUGAUCAGCAAUGGCCAGGGCUUUCUUCUAACCCAUUUGGAGACAGAAAGGCAGAAAAGGAGUCCGAGCUGUGCCAAUGAACUCCAAAGCUGUGGAAUUGGUACACUUGAUUUGGGAAGAAGUGAAACUCCGCCAACUCCCCCGCCAAGAAGUACCUCUCGAAAUGUCCCCAGCUCAUAUUCUGAAAAAGCCCAAGAAAGACUGAAGGAAAAGUUAUAUCACAGGUGGGGGGCCCAUGAGGGUCAGGACAGAAGGGAUUGCAGUCCCCACUGCCUUCCGAGGCAGGCUCCAUUGUUCCCACAAGAAAGCAAGUGUGUGAAAACUAAUGCCAUGUUUUCCUCUUUGACCUCAGAAGUUAAAACAGAUAGCAAGCCUCCAGGUGUUGAAGACAUUGGAUUUAAUGUGUGGUCACGGGGCAAUGUAAUAGGGACAAAGGACAGCCCUUCUGUGCCUUCUCCAAAAACUGGCUUUAUCCCAAAUAGAGCAAAAGUGGAAACGGUGAUUGCAGAUAGCCCUACUAAAUCACAUCUUGAUCUUCACGUGAAAAACGACUGUCUUCUCUCCACGACACAGAGGGACGCAGUAGGAAGCCACAACUGUAGUUUUGAAUGGACUCCAAGGAACGAAAAGCUGGCAGCGAAGAUUGAUGAAUUUAACAGAACUGUGUUUAGAACAGACAGAAAUUGUCAAGCAGUACAGCAAAGUGAAAGCUCCGCAAAGUCACCUGACAAUCUCAACCCCUGUGCUAUCUCAACUCAGAGAGGUGACAUAGCAGAAGGUGACAGUAGGCCUAAAGUUCCGAAAGAUACGGACCACAUGGAAAACGUGCUCAGUGAUCCCACAAAAGUAUCCGCAGCAGGCCCAGUCAAACAAAUGCAGGCACGCCCGAGUCCCCGCAGCUAUCGGCACAUGUUCCGGGAGCAUGAUUGGAGACCAACUGAUUUUUCCAGCCGACCAAGAUCAGCUGAUCCCAGAUCAAAUUACGGUGUUGUGGAAAAGCUGUUGAAAACCUACGAGCCAGAGAUGGGGCCUGCAUUGCAAAACUCAAAAUGCUUCAGGGAUAACUGGACCAAGUGUGGUUCUGAUGAUUCCAUAGCAGUGAAAGCCUGCAAUGGAAAAGGAUUUUCCCGACCUGCUAGACCAGCGAAUCGCCGGCUUCCUUCCAGAUGGGCAUCCAGAUCGCCAUCCGCGCCCCCAGCCUUACGGAGGACUGGCCACAGCUACAAAGUCUCUCUGCAAACCGAAGCCCAGAUGCUCUAGAUCUGGAUUGCUGGAUCACAAAAGUUCUCAGCCCUUUUGCCAAACUGAAUAUUCAGAGUGUUUACAAACAGUCCUGCUCUCUUCUGUAUCUUCCAAGAUCACCGGGACAAGGCAUCUAAACCCUAACUUUCCAUCAGUCUUCAGUGUUUUUAAUCUAUGGGAUAAUUCUCUCCUUGUACUUUAAUUUCCUAGAUUAGAAUUUUUAUUGUCAUCCUCAUUGACUUUCCAAUAUGAUUUAAGUUGACGCUGUGUACAAUAUUGUAUAUUCUGACUCUCCUUGCAAAUGCAGAAAACAAGGUUAUGUGCAUGGCCAUGUGUUCGUAGGUGCAUGUGUUGUCAUAGGAAGUAUUCUGAUAUCUAUUUAGGCAAAAUUUAUGUGCUAGUGUUGACUUUGAAAUUAUAACAUGUACACCUAUAUAUUCUUUGUGUUUACUUUAAACUUUUGAAAAUAUACAAUCCUAUUUAUAUUUUGCAUACCUUUUAAUAGGUAUUCACCUAAGGCAUCUGGCAUUGAUGUAUCACUUAAUUGCUUCCUUGGCCACCAACUACAUUGAAAAAUAAGAAUAAUAUGCAAACCUAACAUUAGCCAUUUUCCAGAAAUCAAUCUUAAAUAGCAUUUUAGCCCAUAUGAAGAUAAAUGAUACUAUCGCUUUCUUGUUUAAAUAAAAACAUCACAGGUUUACUAUAUUAGCCUUCUGAAGCAAGCUUAAGAUGCUUAUACAGGAUUUUAUAUAUCUGGUAGUCUCGUGUAGCUAUAACUGUAUACUUGAUUCUCAGAUCCAGUAUCAUAAGACUGCCUUAAUGACAGGACAAAGUAAUGAAUUUAUUUUGUCAUUCUCAGUAACAAACAUUUCUUAAUGAGAUACAGAAAAAGCCUACUGAAUUUUACUUGUCGUUAAAAUUGUGCUAAGUUUUCAUUUACCUGCUUUAUCCGGAGUUCUAUCUCUGUAGAGGUAAGUCGCUUGGUUCCC